UGACUUGUAUGAGUGUUGUAGUCAUGUGCCGAAUGCCGCUUGCUAAAGGAAAUAGGUCUGGCGUUACAAAGUUUCGUGGAAGUUUGGGCGCUUCAGAGUAAAAGAAGGAAUCCAAUUGUUUUACGGUUAAUGAGUAGAUUGGGUUUCAACUCUGAGAGAAAAAUGCACAGCAGUCUGGACUGAUGAAGUACAUCUAAUCGAGUAAAAAACGCAUUGCAAUGCGGGUCUAUGAGUUGGGUCUAUGAGGAAUAGCCAUGGCGACGCAGUUCAGCAUUGAUGACGCAUUUGUGCUGGAGGGAGAGGAGGAGGGCGUCGGUCCAGGAGGAGAUCUGGAAGGAUGGAAAGGGAAAGAAAAAGAGAAAGAUGGAGAGAUGACAUUUGGCACUCUGUCUUUCACCAAGCCACAGACUCAUCCGGCCACUGUGGCUGGCUCCCCUGAGCACAGCAACCUGAAAUACCAGAAUCUGGAAAAUGAAGAUGUCCUGGGUAACAGUGGCAGCUCCACCUUCAACAACUUCUUCAAAAUCAGUGACCCGGCCACCCUCUCCUACUGCAGCUCCCAGUGGUCCUUCAGUACCCUCAGCUCUGUCACACAGCUGUCUGCACACUGCUGCAGCUGGACAUCUCACCCACUGGUGAAGAAGAACAGGCGAGUAGUUCUAGCCUCAUUCCUCCUCCUCAUCACAGGAGUGGCUCUAAUCUUCACCGGCAUAGUCAUCCAGUUAAACCCUGAUGCAGGUGUCUCCAGUGCCAUCUUUUUUGUUCCUGGGUUUUUGCUUUUUAUUCCAGGGGUUUAUCAUGUGAUCUACAUAAGCUGUGCUGUCCAGGGGCGUCGAGGCUUCAAGUUCUUCUAUCUGCCGUACUUUGAGAAGUGACCUCACUCCAGUUUGCCUCUCUUCUGUGCAAAAAAUGCCAAAUUAUUGUCUGUGUGUGUGUGUGUGUGUGUGUGUGUGUGUGUGUGUGUGAGAGAGAGAGUGAGGAAGGGAUCUCACUGUUGUAUAAACUACCACUACUAACACAGAACCACUGUGCAAAUCUGCAUGCUUCCAGCAAAGUCUUUGGAAGGGAAGGAAUUGUUUUCUGUCUGCUUGUGUAUGAAUUUGUUAAAAAAAAAAAAAAAAUCAUCAGACACUACAAUUUCUACUAUCAUGUCUGAAUUUUUUUUAAAGUGACAGCCAUUUUUUAAAUCUUGUCACCGAAUAUAUUUAAAAUCAGUCUCUGUAUGUUCCUUUCAAAGUAUGUAUUGUGCCAUACAUGUGGUUAUAUGAACCACUACAAUAUUGAUACAAAUAUCUAGUAUCUUUGUCGACUUCCUUGAAACAUGCUGUUUUCUGGAAUAUGUAAUGGAUAUUUUAUGUGUGAUUUUCAUUUUUUAAAUGACGAACUAAUGAUUGAUGAUUGAUAAUUGACGAGUUAUUAUCGAGCCUCACAUGGCAGUAGACUGACAUUGUUGAAAGAGACAUUUCAAUGUUAGAAUAGAGUUGUUGGGGAUAAUUAUUCAGGAAGGAAACCCUGUGGUUUACCACAGGUCUUUGAAGUUAACAGACUUGGGUGGCUUAGUGACGUGGCAAUAGGCUGUAAAGCAUCUCGACCCAAACAUCCGAUGCAUUUACCUCUAUUACAUGGAGAGCCUCCCAUAUUAACUUCAAACACCAUUGUCAUGUCAUUUCAGUUUUAUGUGAUUUUAGAUGUUUUUAGUUAACAAUUGUUCUAUGUACGUUCCCCCCCACCCCCCUAUUUUUUUUACUAGGCCACUUGCCCUUCUUAAGUGCUGUGCAAUCUCCCUUUGUAUUUAUCCGUGUGCUUUACAUCAUGUUUUUAAUCUUCACUCGUGCGGUUUUAACUUAUGUCUCUGUGCUCCUGCUGUGUUACUUACCACUGGCCCCUGUAUGGACACUCCAGUUCAGUUGACUAAUGCUAGAAGGUGCCUCAGAUAUCAGAGGUCCUGGAGGACAUUCCAUUUCUAUCAUCUAUUCAAAUUUCUAUACGCUGCCAAUAAAAAUGUGAUUUGACAUUUGAAACCAAA